AUGUCUCGGAACAAAACCUACGAAAACAUCCGCAGGAUGUUCCCCGAUUACCUGAAUGCAUGCGUCGCUUUUCUGAGUAUGCCGCGCUCGGAUCAGGAAACCGAAGAUCUCGAUGCGUUCCUCAGUAUGUGCUCCUGCCCACGCGCUGAGGACGAGAAUACGAUGGAGUCGCUGGGAUGGCUGCACACAUUCGAGGCCGCUCGUCAGUUCACCCUCCGAGACUUGACUGAAGCGCUCAUUCGUCACCUCAGCGGUGUACUAAACGAUGCUUUUGUAUCACGGACCGUUGGCGGUACUGUCGCAAUGCAUGGCCUCACAACGCAUCGCAAAAAACGUGCUGGAAGACCUCUUUGGCCCACGGACACUAGCCAACUUCUCCCCUUUGGCCUCGAGCAAUCGAUGAAAGGAUACGCCACGUCCUUCCGCUUGUGCCGUCAAGAUAGGUACGAGGAGACCCUUCUGCUCGUCAACAAACUCCUUGCCAUCUGUGGUCGAACUAUUACCCCGCAUCUCCUUCAGUUCCAGCCUGAAUGGCCAUGGCUCAUUACCAACCUCGCGAUCCGUCUCUGCGCAGAGCGCGAUGAAACACUCGGCCAGCCUGUCGAGCUUGACGUCCAGGUGAACUGGAUGUACACUCUCUUACAUAUAUCGGAGCUCUGUCGAAACAUCACGCACGCCGAGCAAGCCGAUCCAUCAGAUAUAUCACUCUUUGUCCGCAUUGCCGUACGGCACGAAGGCUCGGACGUGCAUUGUCACGGUGGCCUUCUCAUCGUCUGCGAUUUGAUCCUCAGAUACCUACCGCUCUUCCGCGAGGGUACUAAUACAAUCAUAUUCUCCGACCUCUUCAUCAACAAAGUUUCCGACUUGUUUGCCCGCCUCGGGACAGCGUUCUAUUUUCACAAGCGCCCAGACGACGCAACAGUCUACCACGAAUCGAUCCUCCUCCAGUACGCGGCGACGCUUGCCUGCUUGGAUGAUCCCCUGCAGCGCGCCUUCGAGGCCUUCGCCUGGGCGUCGACGGUGCGGCACUGCUGUGCACCAGAGUGCUACGAGACGUUUGUCACCGCUGGCAGGACGUUCGCCCGCUGUGCAGGCUGCGGCGUCCUGCGAUACUGCUCCCGCCCGUGCCAGAAGCGCGCCUGGAAGCACGCGACGCUCCCACACAAGGCGGUCUGCACGAAGCUGCGCGUGCUGAGAGAGCGGGCACGCCUCCCACGGGAUCAGGAGCUAGAUCCCCGCCGCGAUCGCCAGCCAUUCGUCGAGGCGUGCAAGGCGGACGAGGGUCUCGUGGCACUGGCGGAGGACUGCGGGAUGCAUAUGUACGAGAUGCUCACCACGCGAAGGGGUGACAACAGCAAGCUUUUUGUACCAGAGGCGUAUCGGGCGUUCUGGAAGCCCGCUUGUGAUUGAUGCUGUCUCUGAUGCUCAGGCUGCGUGUAUCUACGAAGUA